AUGAAUAAUCAUGAUAGUAAAUCGGCAAUGACCGAACCAACAAGUGACGAUGAUGUUUUACCCGUUGGCGUGAAUUCUCUAUCAGAUUAUGCACCAAAUAAACUUUACCUCCUUUUAACAUCAUCUGUGCCUAUUGACAUAACAACGUCUUCCGGAGUUGUCGUGCAGACUGACAGUAGUAAUAAUAAUAAUAAUAAUAACGAACUCCUUCCACAAAAGCGGUCUUCGAAAAGACGAAGUUUUAUUCGUUAUUUUAUACCAAUCAAUCGAACUCGUUCGUCAUCGAUACCUGUGGAUCCUGCGAAAUCUGAUGGAUUUGGAGCGGCGUAUUAUCAACAGUCACGAGGGCCGAUCCAAUCAAUCGAUCCAUGUGACAUGCGCUUCUUGAUCAUACGUCAUGGCGAACGUGUUGAUCGGUAUUUCGGUGCCAACUGGUAUAUGACAGCGUUUGAUCAAAAUGAACAAUAUCGUCCUUAUCAUCGAAAUUUCCCGGCGAGUUUACCCUUACGUACCAAUCGGUAUUUCUGGGCUGUAGACACACCCUUAACGUCAACAGGUUUACAUGCUGCUGAACAGCUUGGGCGAUUGUUUCAAUCGAGAUUCUUUCAUCCGACCUAUGCCUAUUCAUCACCAGCCAUGCGUUGUGUGUUAACAACCAUUCAAAUCUUGAAAGGCCUUGGAUUAGAAAACAAGAUACCGAUUCGCAUUGAACCCGGCCUUUUAGAAUUAGGUGCAGCCAGAUUUGGCAUGAAUGUCUUUUUUCAGCCAACUGAUUGGCAUAAAUACGGUAUCAACGUAGAUUUAUCAUAUCAACCAAUUCUCACAAAUAUUCCUCCGUACGAACGUGAAGAUGGAUACUAUCUUCGAUCAAAACAUGUCAUACGUGAAAUUGAGAAACGACAUAAUGAAUUAUCGACUGAUUCACAAAACAUACUUAUUAUUGCUCAUGCGACGUCGCCUGAAACUUUAACAUGGGAUUUGAUUGGUAAACAGCCAAAUAUUGGUGAUCUCUAUAGACUUUCAUUGAACAUCGCAUAUUUACAAACGGUGCUAACUGAACGUCAACAAGAUAGUAAAUUCUGGUCUGUGAAACCAAUAGGAUGGUCUUGA